AUGAGUGGUAGCAGUGCAACCGUAGUAACGCAGCGUUUAGCCCCGAAACGUCAAACGCUGGAUGAAGCGUAUGCACCACCAGCGAAUUUUCUAGAAAUUGAAGUGAUCAAUCCAAUAACCCAUGGUGUUGGAAAAACGCGCUAUACCGAUUAUGAGAUUCGAUUGAGGACAAAUUUGCCAAUAUUCAAGCAUAAGGAAUCAAGUGUUCGUCGUCGUUAUUCUGAUUUCGAAUGGCUUCGAGGUGAAUUGGAACGUGAUAGCAAGAUUGUCGUACCAACUUUGCCUGGUAAGGCAUUUAAACGGCAACUGCCGUUUCGUUCAGACGAUGGGAUAUUCGAGGAUUCGUUUAUCGAGGAAAGGAGGAAGGGCUUAGAACUGUUCAUCAACAAAGUUGCUGGACAUCCACUUGCACAAAACGAACGAUGCUUACAUAUCUUUCUACAGGAACCAAUAAUUGACAAGCAUUAUGUUCCAGGCAAAAUCCGUCUCACAUAA